AUGUUGGACUAUGAGGAAGAACUGCUGAAGGAUAAAAACCCAAUAGAGGUAGCGGAGAAAGUGGAGCUAUUAUUAAAUUUUGUGGUGGGAUUGACGAAUUCGGGUACUAUGAAGAUAAAGGGGAUGUCGGGUAGCAUGGAAGUGAAUUGGAGACUACUCACCAUGGGGUUUCGAAUGGGGAAAACUAUGAUUAUCCUGAAGGGGAUCCGGGACUUAACAGGUCGAGCCAUGAUGAAGGCGUUACAGAACGAGGGCCAAGGAAUUUGGGAAAUUAUACCUGCAAUCGCAGAGUCUAAGGAAAAAGAGGAGGAUCCACCAGCUAUUGUCAAGCAGUUACUGCAACAUUUUGCACAGAUAUUUGUAGAACGGAUCCGACUCCUAGAAACGUAUCCGACACCCGCACCCGAGUCCGAGUAUCAUAGUGAGAGGCUGGUGCAAGAAAUGCCAGCAAAUUAUUCAGAUUACAGGGCACGUUUCUACGACUCUGCACAGCCCAUCACCCCCAAACGGACAGUCAGACAUGGGUUGUCAACAGAUGUGUGGAAACUAUUUGGGAGAGACCCUCCUCCACUGGUCUGUUAUGGCAAUCAAAAGAUUGCAGUAGCCUCAGUUGAGCAGCAGCUAAAGGAGAGGGACAUCAUAAUAGAGGAAUUAAAGGCACACCUACAGGCUCAAGCAAAGAUGAAGGUGGAGGCAGACCAAUAUUGGAGAGGUUCAGUUCAUGGAAGGGGACUUAGUUUAUUCUUUCAUGUGUCGCAACUUAAAAAGGCACUAGGAAGGACAGACACUCGUCUGCAGCUACCAGCACACAUGGAUGCUACGCUGGAAUGGGUGGUUGAACCUGAACAUGUUCUGGAGAAGCCAAGGAAGGAGGAUGUUGUAACAGAUGGAUGGAAGGGAAAACAGAAUGCUGCUGUAGGGGGAAGUGGAUACAGCAUGACACCUGGUGAUGAAGUUGAAGAUAUGUUUAUCCUCUUAAGCGAAGUUAAAAAACGGAUACCCUCUGUUUCAGCAAUCUCGUCUGGUGCAAUUGCAUCUGACUAUCAAAGACUUCGUGUGGAAAGUGUAUAUUCAAGGUUAGGGCUUGUUUCUUUGGCAUAUCUGUGACUGUUUCUCCUUCAACAAAUGGUGAGCAGUGGGAUUGUUGCCAUCAUAGUAAAGGUUGCAUCAAUUGGGUUGGACCCUUCAAAACUCUCGGGGAAAGAAAUAGAGCACUUGGAGUCCCAUCUUCAUGAGCUAAAAGAGUUGUAUGGAGUAAAUGUGUGUGGUGAAGAGGGUGAAUAUGAAACGUUAACUCUUGACUGUCCCCUCGUUAAAGAUGCUCGAAUUGUGCUAGAUAAAUUUCAAGUUGUUUUACAUUCAUCAGAUCACAUAGCUCCUGUUGGGGUCCUUCAUCCCAUGGAAUUCCAUUUGGAGAAAAAGCUCGAGUCUGUGUCUCCAAGUGACAUUGAUGGUAGUAAUGAGGUCACUGUUGGGGAAAUCGAUUCAGUAUGUGAAGUGCUGGAGGACUGGAAAGAUUUUGGUGACACUCCAAUCCAGGAAGUUGGUUUGAUUUCUAAUUUAACACUAGAAAUAAAUCAAAGAUUCCACACCUCCAAAUCCAAGAAGGAUGACAUCUUUUCCAUCUCUUGCUGGCUGCACGAUGCCUGUAGAACAUCAGGAGAGUUGCAGGAGGAUCUGGUAGCAAUUCUGAUGAAAAUUGAAUUGCUCCUUGUCGGAUACAAUUGCUCUUGGGAGAGUGUUCUUUAUAUUCAUUUAUAUGUUGCCAACAUGAAUGAUUUUUCUGCGGCGAAUGAAACAUACGUGAAAUUUAUUACUCAAGAGAAAUGUCGUUCUGGUGUACCAUCACGUUCUACAAUUGAACUUCCUCUUUCGCAAAUUGGUUUUGGGAAGGCAUAUUUUGAAGUCUUAGUAUCAGAUGAUAAGACUAAAAAUGUCUUGCACGUACAAAGUAUUUCAUGUUGCGCUCCUAGUUGUAUUGGUCCAUACAGCCAGGCAACUUUGCACAAGAAUGUUCUAUAUAUGGCUGGCCAGUUGGGAGUUGACCCACCAACAAUGUUGCUCUUUAAUGGAGGUCCUGCCUUUGAGCUUCAACAAGCACUAGAGAACAGUGAAGCUGUGGCAAAUUGCUUCAACUCUUCGAUAUCUACACGUGCUCUUCUACUGGUCAUUUACUGUUCGGAGUCUUUGAAUUCAUCAGAAAGAAUUUCUAUUGAACAUCAGAAGGAUGUAGCUACAAAAAUGAAGUUAUGCUUAGAUGGUGGAAGCAGAUCAAACAUGUCUGAAGUUCUUCAUCCUGUCAUUUUAUAUGUUCUUGUUCCUGAUCUGCCAGAAAGGUGACCUGCUUUAGAUUUACCAAUGCAGCAUAAAGUUAUCCAUUCAUACAAAUUUCGAUGUACAUUUUUGUACAAAGAAAAGGUCUCAAGACCUGAACUAAUUACUAGUCUCCCCGAAAUUGAUAAGAUUUCAUUUUUCUCGUAUUUAUAAAUAUACAUAAUUUAGCUUA